UGUAGAAUGCUGUUAGAUUGGUCUUAUGUGCUUAAUGCUUUACUUCUAGCUGUGAAUUCUUGUAGAAGAUUAAUAGCUCUACCAGCAUUUGUCCAGUGUAGAAGAUGGGUGGAUUAAUUUCGAGAUGGAGGGCAAAGCCUUCUACUGUAGAAGUAUUAGAAAAAAUUGAUAAGGAAAUACAGACAUUAGAAGAAUUUAGAGAAAAAAAUCAGAGACUACAGAAACUAUGGGUUGGACGGCUGCUCUUCUACUCUUCACUUCUUUAUCUUGUCACCUGCUUAAUUGUAUAUUUGUGGUGUCUUCCUGAUGAAUGGACAGCAAGAUUUUUUAUGACGCUUCCGUUUUUUGCAUUUCCACUGAUAAUCUGGUUUAUAAGAACACUGCUCAUUUUUUUCUUUUCCAAAAGGACAGAAAGGAAUAAUGAUGCGCUGGAUGAUUUAAAAUCUCAAAAGAAAAAAAUUCUUGAGGAAGUGAUGGAGAAGGAAACGUACAAGACUGCUAAACUAAUUCUUGAAAGGUUUGAUCCAGGAUCAGAUGCAAAGGAGGCUGAACUGCCAUCUGCUGGAACAUCUGCAACCUCGAGACCUGGACAAGAAAUUCGUCAGAGGACUGCAGCUCAAAGAAAUGCUUCUACACCCACGCCUGCUACUCCUAAGCAAAGCUCUCCAAAAUCGCUUGUUUCGGCAACGCCAUCUCCUAAUCAGCAGAGGGAUGCAGCUGCUCUUACUGGACCACCAGAAAGAACUGUUGUGCCACCCUUGCAGUCAAACAUUCUACCAAGACGCCCUGGAUCCCCAGCUACUUCAGUGCCUGGAAUGGGUCUUCAUCCUCCAGGCCCUCCUUUAGCGAGACCUAUUCUUCCUCGAGAAAGAGGAGUUAUGGAUAGAGUUAUUGAGUAUUUGGUUGGUGAUGGUCCUCAGAACAGGUAUGCCCUUAUAUGUCAGCAAUGUUGUUCUCACAAUGGUAUGGCUCUGAAGGAGGAGUUUGAAUAUAUAGCAUUUAGAUGUGCCUACUGCUUUUUCCUGAAUCCUGCAAGAAAAACGAGACCUCGGGCUCCACGGCUACCAGACUUCAAUUUUGAAAAAAAGCAACUUCCAGAAUUGCAGUCGGAAACAGAGAGUCCAGAAUCAAGGGAGAGAGAACCGCAGGGGAGUCAGCAGACAGAAGGUACGUGCUAAUCUCGCCAAGUCUGCUCUUAUUUAAUGCCCAAUGAAAUUGCCAUUUCGCCAUGCAUGCAGCUAUUGAAUGUGCCAACUGUUAUUGAUAUGUAGUGUCUGUAUGUUUGUCUUUACUGUACAUUGGGAUUUCUCUGCCUGGGUGAUUUUUUUUCUACAGAAAUAGCUUCACAGGAGGUACAGUCUAUAAUUUUUCCAAUCUUUUUGUUCCUGCUUCUAGCUUAACUUGUUGAUACUGUUGUUUUUUGUCCUGAACUCCAAAGUUUCUUGAUAUCAUGCAGUAUGUCCAGCACAAACGAUAUCACAGCAAAAUUAUUUGUACUGUUGUUACCGAUAAACACAUGGAAAACAGCACUGUAAGUAAGUGAAGGAGAGAAUACAUCUCGAAGUGGUUAACUUCAACUGUGUUCAGCAGGUCAUUUGAUUAAGUUGCGUUGGAAUUUCUGCCUUUGUUCCUUUUGCUGUUUUCCUCAGGGCAGGAAAAUCUAGUAAAAACCCCCUUGUUUAAAAUCAGGGAGUUCAAAGACAAAUUGUCAAUUUUAAUUUAACAUAGUUCCUUUUGAGACGUUUUAUAGUCUGCAGAUACAGUAGGCAUCUGGUGUACAGCCAACAGGAAGAUGCAGUGUUUUAAAAGACUUUGGAAAUUAUAAUUUCAAACCAAAGAAUCUCUCUACUUACUGGCAUUUUGCAUUAGUUCAAAUCAGGGAGUAUGUUGGAAAAAGUUAUCUAAGAUGGUGCAGAUCUGAUAUUCAGCCUGGAAGUUCAUCAUCUGUAUCAUCUGUAACUGUCAGAUUGUAACAGAAUACUUGUUUACUCUUUAACACUAAGUACAAAAUGGCAUGGGAAAAUGGGAAUGCUGAUUAAGACUGGUAGGGAAGAUUUAUCCUCUCUGUGGGUGUGGUCUGAUGAAAGGUGCAUUGCAGGGAAAACUUGCUUGGCUUCUUUUCCUGUCAAAGCAAUGCUUGUGACAGGGCAACUUUCCUCAGCUAGUUUCAGUGUAGUUCCUCAACCAGCUGUCGGCUCACCUGAAAGGAUGAUGUAUUGUGGGGCAACAUACAGGAGGGAAGAAUUUCCUUCUGACAUAGAUGGAAAAGCUCCACAUUCAAGUAUUUAUUAAGACAGCGUAUUUUAUUUCUCUCCCCUUGUGUUUGCCUGUGAAGCCGCAGGUUAGAAUCUGCUUUAAGUAUGUAAAUAUAGCUGUCUCUAACAGUUUUAUUCACACAACUGAGGAGAUGGAAAGCUAUGGUAGAAUGGCAACAGAGAUAAGUGUACUUAACUACUUAGAUGUACUUUUAUGAUAAUAGUAUUGAAACAAGAACUAAAUCGUGUGAAGCCAAACCAUGCAAAUUUCACCUUUGCCCUCUAAUUAUCUGAUCUUUUCAGUGAAUAGUGGAUGGACUGAUAAAUUCAUGGCUACUGGUAAAGGCAGAAGAUUGUUGUAGAAAAGACAUGGGUUGUUAAUGGUGUCUUCAAAACUCGGUCUUUCUUCUUUUGUAUGAAUCAAAUGGAGAAGCUCCUGCAGACUGAUAUUUAACUCUUGGAGAUAUGUGCCUUGAGGACAUCUGAGUAAUGUUCAGCUGCAGCCUUUUAGAGGUUUUGAGAGAGGGCGUGCUAAUUAAGCUAGUAUUAUCUUUGAAGUAAUGUUUAUCAAACUAUACUUUUAAUGGGUC